CGACAUGCCAUCAACACAAAACCCAGGCUGCCACUUUUGCCCCCCGUCUCGGUCCUAGUCCAGCCAUGGGGCCACGUAUUUCACAUUCCUCAGAAGCCAUGAUAUGAACGACCGCCCUCCCAAAACUCCAUCAUGCCAAACACUCGUUCCGACGAGCCAACCAUGGCCUCUCCCGCCAACCAAUACAUCCGCGAGAUCCUGCACACUGCUGAAGCCCCGCCUCCGAUACCCGUUCGCUACUUCUAUACAUCGCCGCUUGCCAUUGACGAUCCGCUUUCGCCCCUUCCGCCGCCGCUAACGACCUCGUCGACCGCUCGCAGGCUGCCGCCCCGGCCCUUCUCCGAAUACGAUAAUGAAGCUAUUAAUGAGACAUGGUUGGAUCUACGGAAGACGAUACUGAAGCAUAACGAAGAGCUGGGAGAGAAGAGGCGGUCGGACGUGCCGGGCACACCGACGAUCCCAGCUGUAGCGCGCUUGAAGCGGAAGAGGGGCGAAAGUGCGUCCAGCGAGGCCGAGCAUGGGGCUGCACAGGGCAAGGAUAUUCCACGAGCGAGGUCGUCCAGUCGAGGGCAAUACUCCAGAUCCGCAGAAGGGCUCGAGGGCCGGCCGCGCUCAAACAGUGGUGUGCGCGGCCCCACGCUAUCAGCAUCUCUCAAAGCACUGGAGCCCGGCAGCGUCUCCCCCUCGUUAGAGCCUACGACUACUGGAACACCGUUUAUAAGAGCACCUGCCCGGGGGAAGGUGCCACAUGCACAGCCCCCAGGGUCAACAGAAGAAAGGAGGCGGCCUGUACCGCAAGAGCUGGAUAGCUACAAGUGGGACGAGGAAAUGGAGCCCGCAUUGCCAGGGCUGAAGGACAAGGCUCCCGCUCGCAGGCCAAAACCCAAAGCAGGCCCGUCUGCCAAGGUACCGGUCGGCGUGUCCAGACUCCACCACGUGGUCAUGGAUGCCGAAUCCAUCCGUAUGGAGCCUAUAUACUGGGCGCCGGUCAACGACGUCGCCAAGGUGCUGCGAGGCACGUGGUUCUACAAAGACACGAUGAUGCCCGUUGAGGUAGAUGUUGCCAAUAUGCUUGAAGCGGGCUACCUUGAACUGAGACCGUGGACCGAGACGUGGAAGGAUGAGCUGAACAGCGCGGUCGAAGUGGGUGCCCUUGGAGAAAUGAAGAUCCUUCACAGACUUUGGCCCCAAAAGCCGAAGAACCUGGAGAGCAGACCGUCCACCGCACAGCAAAUGCUAACUACAGGCCUCGUUCAAAGCACCCUUGCCGCAGGGCCUGAAGAUCCGGAAACGGAGCGCAGGGAUAUUGUGGAGCAUGCGUGUGACAACAUUGACAUCUCGACCGGCCCCGAGGGUCCAGACAACAAGGCCGGCGGCGACACAGAGUAUGGCCACGGCGGGCGCAAGAAUCUGUAUCGCAGUGCGGGCGUAAUUUACGCGACAGACAAGGAGGCGUACAUCCUGCGGCCAGCUCUUCAACCUUCAGAUUAUUACGGAAGGCGACCACUGGCAAACUACAUUCGCAAAGGUAGAUCAAUCGGCAUCUGCGUGGUACGGGGCUUUGACCAGGCCAUAUGGGACAAGCUACAUCCGAGCAAGAAGACGCCGAUGGCCCAGAAGGCGCGGGAAGGUGUGUCAACUGCCCAGGACGGAGCGCCUCCGUAUCGGAGGCAGAAGUCGGACCCGGCCCUGGCGCUUUCGGAGAGACCGCAAGUUACUGAUCUGGUGCUUGUGAUUCACGGCAUCGGUCAGAAGCUGUCGGAGAGGAUGGAGACGUUCCACUUCACGCAUGCCAUCAAUGCGUUCAGGAGAGAGGUGAACGUAGAACUGGGGACGCACGAGGUUAAACGCCAUCUUCGCAAAGACAUGGGAGGGAUUAUGGUUCUACCGGUCAACUGGCGGCUUCGAAUUUCGCUCGACGAUGCGAAUGGCAACGGCGAAGCAGAGGAUCCUUCCGUCAACAAGUUCACCCUCAAAGACAUCACCCCCGACACGCUUCCCUCCGUGCGUGGCAUCGUCAGCGACGUCAUGCUAGACGUGCCCUACUACCUCUCCCCCGAGCAUCAUCCCAAGAUGGUAUCCGCCUGCAUCCACGAAGCAAAUCGUAUCUACCGCUUAUGGUGCCACAACAACCCCGGCUUCUCCGAAUGGGGCCGCGUCCACCUCAUCGCGCAUUCCCUCGGCUCCGUCAUGGCCAUAGACAUCCUCAGCCAGCAGCCAAGUCACGUCGACCCCCAACUCGGUAUCCCAGGCUACCCCGACGAAGACAUUCCCAAAGACCACUUUAUCUUCAACACCAGCUCGCUCUUCACCUGCGGCAGCCCCGUAGGCUUCUUCCUUCUCCUCAAGAACGCCACCCUCCUCCCCAGACGCGACAAAGAAAAACCCGGCGCGGACUCCUACGCCGCGCCCGGCGUCGCCGGCGAGCAGGGCACCUACGGCUGCAUCGCCGUCGACAACAUCUACAACAUCGUCAACGGCUACGACCCCGUCGCCUACCGCCUCAACGCCGCCGUCGACGCCACCUACGCCUCGAUGCUCAAGCCCACCCUCAUCCCCUCCGCCACCUCCUCCUUCUUCGCCUUCGCCAACCCCUUCCGCGCCCACACCAUCAGCCCCAGCGCGUACAAGCCCUCCCCGCUCCGCCUCCCCUCCAACGUCGAGCUCGAGACGCACAACUUCUCCCGCGAGGACAUCGCGGAGAAGCGCGCCUAUCUGCUCAACGAUAACGGCCAGAUUGACUACUUUUUGAGGUAUGGCGGCGGCCCGCUCGAGAUCCAGUAUCUGACUAUGCUCGGCGCGCAUAGCAGUUAUUGGGUUAGUAGGGAUUUUGUGCGGAUGAUUGUUGUCGAGGUCGGGAGGGAGUGUGGGAAGGCGGGGACGGUGCAGGCGAUGAGGGCGGUGAAGAAGAAGAUCAGUGCGGUUUGAUGUGAUGGCAGGUGGGAGAGGGAGGAGGUGAGGAUGUGGAUGUGGAUGAGGAUGAGGAUGUUAUACCCCGUUCGUAGCGCCUUUUUUAAGUAAGGAUGUUAGUCUUCUACUCGCCCCACGCGCCAAAGGAGCACCCUUGGCCAGUGUGGCGAGUAGUUCAUGUGCGUGGAUUCAGUGAUGAAUGAAUACUUAGUCUUCGGUUAGAGGAGACUGGACGGGAUGAUAUGUCAGAUCUCUCCUCUCGCAAUCUCGGCGCCACUAGUGAAGAGAUAAGGCGCAUUCUGUGACUUCAAAUCUGCGUCGGCGCCUGGACGGGGCAUUAGGUAGAGAGAGUGAACAUUACUAUCCUCCAACUCCGCGCUGCCAAUGCAAUUCUC